AUGAGCGCAUCAAGGCCCAAGAGUAAGAAGGUCAUCCCCAAGGCUCAACCGUCCACCCAUCCAAAGCUCACCCCGAAACCCAAUAAAGCUCCCGUCAUCCACAAGUCUCCCGCGAACGGAGUCAGGCGACAUGUACCACCCCCGAGCGCAGAAGUCAAAUCGUUGAUGGAUAAGGGCAAAGGCAAAGCCAAAGAAACUUCCGCUCCUCUAUCUGUACAUACCAUCAGCAGCGAUGAGGAAAACGAAGAUGACGAUUUUGAAGAAGUGCCUAUACCCUCUGCUGCUGGACCAUCAUCACCUUAUCCCGGUACACCUACCACCAACGGUAACAUAACGGCUGGCACUACACCCGGUACGAAUACGACUGCACCGAGUAUAGAUUACGAUCUAGAGGGAUAUGGUGAAGAUAGUGACGCAGAGAGUGGUGAGGGUGAAGAUGACGGUGUGAUCCACCUCGAGAUAGGCGGAGAGACGGCUGAAGAAAAAGCAAAGAGGAUAGCUUUGGCCCUGCGAAAAAAACCGAUGACUUCGAAAGAUCGAGCAAUCCGGCUGGAGAUACAUAAAAUGCAUGUGAUAGCUCUUUUGGCAAGUACAAGGAUACGGAACAAGUGGUGUAGCAAUACUCUGCUCAAGGCACGGCUCCUGUCUCUUCUUCCACAUCCUUUACAGUCCGCAUUCAACAUCCCUCCAUCUCGUUUCCCUGAUAGAGCUCAGCGAUCGCGUCUGUUCUUCGAUGCGCUUCAAGAUCUCGUCACGUGGUGGUCUUACUCGUUCUUCGAUGUAUCGGAUCCGACGUUGGGUCUGCGGACUCGUCCGUGGGAUGAGAUACAGGAAAUAAUCGAUCAACUACCGAAGCUCACUAGAGCAGAUCUCACACCAGGCCAUUAUCUUUCGGCCACAAAAGAAAAGGUCAAAGAGAGGGAAGAAGCUCUAGAGAAGAUGUCGGUCGGAGCAGGAGCCGAGAAGUUGAGAUCGGUGAAUAGUAUGAUGAAAAAGGCUUUACAGCAAGAAGGAUCUAGGGAUAUUUCUGCUCAGCUAUUCGUAGCUCUAGCAAGGGCUUGUGGGCUUGGUGCGAGAUUAGUGGUCUCCCUGCAACCUGUGCCGUGGCGUGCGGAGAAGGUGGUCUCGAAGAAGAAACCCGUCGGCGCUGGAAGAGGUGGACGUACAGUGGCUAGUAGACAGGGCAUGGGACCUACGACAGAUGAGGACGAAGAGGACGAGGAUGAAUUCGAGGAAGUACCUAUACCAGGUGAAGAGGAACCUAAAGAAAGGAAAAAUAACGUUAGAGCGGCCGGAACAAGAAGAUUGCAAGAUCCUUCAGAUCUGUACAGGCUGAGGCAGCCCAAGGCUGCUCCCCAGACUGUAGGUCGACCGUCAAAGCCAAAAGCCAAGCAGAAGCAAGAUCUGUCGGAACAACCACCUGUGUUUUGGGCGGAGAUAUUCAGUCGUUCAGAUCAGAGAUGGAUCCCCGUUGAUCCCGUCAGAGGAAUUAUAAGGAAGAAGACGCAUUAUGAACCGACAUCAGAUAGCGGGCCGAUAAGAAUGGUAUAUGUAGUAGCAUACGAAGAAGAUGGGUUUGCCCGGGAUGUCACCUUGAGAUACACCAAGAACUUCGGGUCUAAAAUCAGCAAACUUCGAGUACCUGUCAGAAAAGAUGAACAGGAUUGGUGGGAAUCAGUGAUGGGAUAUCUGACUAGACCUUAUCUUCUGAAUCGAGAUAAGGUAGAAGAUGCCGAAUUUGAAACUAGUCAGAUAUCGGAAGCCAUGCCUCAGCAUAUGAGUGGCUUCAAAGAUCAUCCCAUAUAUGUCCUGGAACGUCAUUUGAAGCGAGAGGAAAUCAUUGAACCUAGAGCGAAACUCGCCGGAAAGUUCAGAGGAGAGGCGGUAUAUCGACGAGAGAAUGUUUUGACUUGUAAGACCGCGGAGACUUGGAUGAGGGUCGGUCGAAGGGUAAAAGAUGGACAAAACCCUUUGAAGAUGGUGAAGCAGCGUGCCGUUACUUUGCAGAAGAGACGAGCUCAGGAAUUGGCCAUUCAAGAGACGGGAGAAGCUAUUCAGCAGGGUUUGUAUGCAGAGAAACAGACGGAAUUGUACAUACCACCACCCAUCAAGGAUGGUGUUAUACCGCAAAAUUCCUUCGGCAAUAUCGAUCUUUAUGCUCCGACAAUGUUGCCUGCGGGAGCUGUCCAUCUGCCAUACAAGGGAAUUGCGAAGGUCGCCAAGACGCUGGACAUCAGCUAUGCUGAAGCAUGUACCGGCUUCGAGUUCAAGAAACAGCGUGCUAUUCCGGUCAUCAACGGUAUUGUGGUGGCUAAGGAGAACGAAGAAUUGGUCAUGGACGCAUAUGCCGAAUCUGCGGCUGCUGCCGAGGAGAAGGAACGGAUGAAGAAGGAGGAGAAGGCACUCAGGCGCUGGGCGAAGCUGAUCAAUGGAUUGAGAGUCAGAUUGAGAUUACAGGCGGAAUAUGGUACCGGUGAACAGCUGGAUGAGUCCUCGGCUCUCAACCCACUGGCCGAUCCUUCCAUGGAUCCAUCUGAUGUCCAACAAAAGACGAAGAAGUCUGCUGCUUCGGUCUUAGCUGCGGCUCAUCAACAGGGUACCGCUCAGUGGACUGAGAGAGUCAAAGAUAGGUCACCGAGUCCAAAGAGUGAAAGUGAGAAUGAGAUGGAAAAUUUACCCCUGACGAUAACCGCAACAGAAGACGUUGUACCACCUGAAAUUAUACCGCAAACAUCGGAAGAUCGGAUAGAAGAGGCAGAAGACGUCAAGCCAAUUGAGAUCGAUUCUGAUUCCAAACUAGAAGCUGUUCAAAUACCUCCACCAUCAUCUGGACGAACCACUCGAAUCACACUACGGUUGAAUGGCCAAAAUGGUAAUGGUGCCACGACCAAGAGUCGACCUCCCAGACAUGCUUCGGUGAGAUCAACGAGAAAGCGGAAGGUGCAAGAAUCGGAGGAAGACGAAGCGCAAUCCACGGAAGAAGGGGAGGAAAUGGAGGUUGCGAAGCCAAAAAGACCUGCUCGAGGUAAAGGCCGAACAUCGACGACACCAGCGAAGAGAGCUAGAAAUAAGGUAGUGGCUGCACCAUCUACCGAAGGCGUGACUAGAAGUUUGAGAAGUAGAGCUCCAAAAUCUGCCCAACAGGCAGAGGAGGAGGAGGGGAAAAGGAAGAGAUUGCAAGAAGCGCUGGAGGAAGAUAGCGAUGUCGAUAUGGAAUAA